AUGGCUAAUCACUACGUUAUAUUUGGACAAAAAGUACCAGCACAUGUUUUAGCAAUAGUAACAUUAGGUUUAGUAGCAGGAUCAGUUAUAAUUCCACCAUUUUUAGGAGUCAAAGAUAAAGAAAUUAAAACUAAAGCUGCUGAUGCAAGUCCUUAUAAUCCGAUUAAAAGUCAAGGACAACAAAAUGAAAUUGAUAAACUUGAAGGGUAUGUAAAUUGA